AUGACUUUCCUUGAGCUUCAGACAUGGCUGAUUGGGCUUUACCCAGUGCUGGCUGAUGAAGAGAGUCGCCGAAAGAGGGACUUCGACUACAGUGUGAUCGACAUCUUCGGUGGGGUUGGUUCCUUAUCGCAAGCUGCUGGCUCUGGGUUUGUGUUCGACGUUCGUCGUGACCCUCGUCACAACUGCCAUGAGAAGGAAAACUUGUAUGGCGACGAGAGCAUGGAAUUUGUGGCUACAGGCAAUGCAACAGCUGAGCUGGUUGCCACGGUCUUAGUACCUUUAUGCGACUGGCUGGGGCUGUAUUGGGUCUGUGAAAACCCCAUGAAUUCACUUUUCUUUGUGUAUCCCUCCAUCGACGCUGUCCUACAAGCUCUCCUGGACACUGUGCCCAAUGGUCAAAUUACGAGGACCAUUGUGUGGUUGCGGACUUUCGGUGCAGCUUCCGGAAAGCCCCUUGAGCUGCGAGGAAGGUGGGGUGGCUUCGUAUAUUUGCAGGAAAUCCACCGCCGUGCUUGGGGUCCUACCAGGGGCCGUCGCACCGCUCCAAUCAUGGAUCGCGGAAGCAAGUGGGUAACUGGCAACAAAUCGAGAUUGGCAAGCUCCAGUGCAUAUCCUCGGGCUUUUGGCGCGGCUUUGUGGAAAGCACAUCAAGCCUACUUGGUCCCUAGACAGCAUUGUCAAAAGGGCUUGGGCAAACCUGGUAUUAGUCAGCGAACAAUUGCAAUCUGGUUCUGUCUCCAGAAGUUAUGCACGACCUGCAUGCCUUCGCUGAUGACAUGGUUGGGAAUCUGCCACCCGAGGGCGAAGUGGCACUUCCGGACUG